UUGAAAUCUUCCCAAUAUUUUUCAAUGGACUGGCAAUACUUCUGUCGUCUUAUGCGUCAAAUCCAAAGCUACAUGGACAAAAAUUUGGCUGGUAUUCAUGAUCUUCUACCGACUCAUGGAUUUGAUGAUACCGUCAGUAAAUUAGCUUUUGCCACAUCAACUCUUGCGCGUCUGGAGGAUUUUUCCAGCCAAAUAAAUGUGGCCAUGAAAUCGCUUAGCUCCAGUGAUGCUGUAGACUCCCCUCAGCAAAGGUCAGCUGAAAUCGAGCGCAUUUUUGCCAAAUACGAUUCUUCAAUGAUGAUUUUUGCAAGAGAUACAAUUCUACGAUUGGAUACUGCCAUUGCCAAGUUGAAAGAAUCGACAGAAACUCUGCAACACCUACAAGAAGACUGGCGUGCAUACGUGACUGAUCUGGACAGCUUUCGAAAUUGGCUUCUUCAGAGGGCCCUCUUCAGUAAGCGUGAUCGUCAGAGAAGCUCCUUUGAGGAACUUAACCAAGGGGGUGAACGGUUGCGGAAUCUUCGGGACACCUUCCGCAGACUCAGUGGAAAGCGCCUUCGAGUUGAUCCGGAGUUGGAAAAGUUGGACAAUGAUUACAAAAGUCUCCUUUAUCGCAUGUGCCACCGAGAAUCCUCAAGUCCAAGUUUACAUGAAACUCCGGAACCUGAUUCUUCAAAAUGUUCUAGAACUGGAAUUUUGGCAGAUUUGCUGCAGACAGUGCAGCACAUCAAGUCAGAUGUGGAACAGGCGGAUAUUCGAGCCGAGAGAAGACGUCUGGACCCAUCAAGAGAUGAGGGGGGUCCGUACAAUCCCGUCCAUGAAUCGUCGCCGGCUUCAAAACCUAUCAUCGAGGUGAAAACACAUAUGGAUCCAUAG